UUGAGUUUCAAAUUAGUGUUGUGGUUGUGUUCUGUGACUGCAAAACUGUACCAAACAUUUAUGUAAAUUUAUUAGAAAUAGAAGUAUUAUAAAUUUUGUAAUCAGUUCAUCGUCUUUCUAUCUUUAAUAAGGAUUGUUAACAAACCUGCCUCUUGUAUAAACGAUCAUGGACGCUGGAGACAUCAUGAAGAUAGAAGUUGGAUUCCAGGCAGUAGAUACAAACACCAAGCUAUUUGAACUAAAACAUUCAGGUUUGGAUAGAACUGCAAUAUGUUUGUGGAUAACUAAGGAGCACAAUUAUGCUAAGGCUUUGAUAAAAAGUGGGGUAGAUGAAGAACUGAAAGUUGAAAGCUGUCUUGGUGACAACGAGAAAUAUCCAGUUAUGGGAAUUACAGAGGAAUGUAUCAUCAAAGAUGAGUGUGAUAAUGAUGAUACACUUUUAGGUACAAAUGCAGAAAUAGUUCCUGACAGUUGA